AUGGCUGGCGGUGGCGGCAAGCGUAGGCCCGGCGGGGAGGGGCAGCAGUGUGAAAAAACAGUUGAUGUGAAGAAGAGUAAAUCCUGUGAAGCUGAUGUCUCCAGUGACCUUAGAAAAGAAGUAGAAAAUCAUUAUAAGCUUUCUCUGCCUGAAGAUUUCUAUCACUUCUGGAAGUUCUGUGAAGAGCUUGAUCCUGAAAAGCCAGCUGAUUCACUUUCCACAAGCCUUGGCCUUCAAUUAGUGGGUCCUUAUGAUAUCCUUGCCGGAAAACAUAAAAUGAAGAAAAAAUCAGCAAGCCUGAAUUUUAACCUUCACUGGAGAUUUUACUAUGAUCCUCCUGAGUUCCAGACGAUUAUUAUUGGAGAUAAUAAAACUCAGUUCCACAUGGGGUAUUUCAGGGAUUCUCCUGAUGAACUUCCUGUAUAUGUUGGUACAAAUGAAGCAAAGAAAAACUGCAUAAUUGUUCAAAAUGGAGAUAAUGUGUUUGCCGCAAUCAAAUUAUUUCUGAUGAAAAAACUUAAGGAAGUAACAGAUAAAAAGAAAACUAGUCUCUUGAAAAACAUAGAUGAAAAACUCACAGAAGCAGCCAGAGAACUGGGGUACUCACUGGAACAGAGAACCAUGAAGAUGAAACAGAGAGAUAAGAAAGUCGUGACGAAGACCUUUCAUGGUGCAGGCUUGGUUGUCCCAGUAGAUAAAAAUGAUGUUGGGUACAGAGAGCUCCCUGAAACCGAUGCCAACCUCAAGAGAAUUUGCAGAACAAUUGUUGAGGCACCAAGUGAUGAGGACAGACUAAAAGCUUUUGCUCCCAUCCAGGAAAUGAUGACUUUCGUGCAGUUUGCUAAUGAUGAAUGUGACUAUGGUAUGGGGCUUGAGCUGGGAAUGGAUCUCUUUUGCUACGGCUCACACUAUUUUCAUAAAGUUGCUGGCCAGCUUUUACCUCUUGCAUAUAAUCUGUUGAAGAGGAAUCUCUUUGCAGAAAUUAUUGAAGAUCAUUUGGCAAACAGAAGUAAAGAGAACAUAGACCAACUUGCAGCAUGAGAGUUGGCUUUCUUUUGGUGUAUAGUAUUUUAAAGCAGUAGUAUUAAACUUGUGAUUUUUUUUGUUUUUAAGGAAUACAGAAAAUAAACUGAUGGAAAUAUUUACUAAAAACUUUUA